ACAACCAAUUAUGUUUUAAAAGAUUUUUGUAUGCGAGUUCCCAAGGGAUUAAUAUAUGCGUUGUUAGGACCUUCCGGUUGUGGUAAAACCACUUUGUUAUCAUGUAUAGUGGGUUUGAAAAAAAUCCAAACUGGUAAAAUGUUUGUAUUGGGUCAUGAUAUCACCAAAAAAAACGUAUCAAUGGCUAGAAAUAUUGGUUACAUGCCACAAGAGAAUUCAUUGUACAAAUUUUUUACAAUACGAGAAAUUUUUCAAUAUUUCGGCAUGAUACAUGGUCUAAGUAACGAGGAAAUUGAUCAGAAAUUUAAAUUUUAUUCUAAUUUAUUAGACUUACCUAAUGCAAAUCAAUUUAUUCGGUCUUUAAGCGGUGGCGAAUAUCGACGCAUUUCAUUGGCGGUUACAUUAUUACAUAAACCAGAAAUAUUAAUUCUAGAUGAACCCACGGUCGGUGUUGAUACACUUUUACGAAAAACAAUUUGGGAUUAUUUAAAAUAUUUGACAACUAGUGAAAAUAUUUCAAUUAUUAUAACAACACAUUAUAUCGAAGAAGCACGCCAAGCAGAUACUGUUGGAUUAAUGAGAUAUGGAUCUUUAUUAACCGAAGCAUCCCCAAAAGAUUUACUUUUGGCUUAUGAUUGUAAUACGCUGGAACAAGUUUUUCUAAAACUAUGUUCCGAACAAAACUACAUUAUGCAUAAACGAGACGACAUCAAAUCGAAUAAUAACGAAAUUAUUAUUGCACGACCCUUGGAAUCAAAAGAUAAAAAACGAGAAGCUCCAUUUUGGGGUAAAUUUAAAGCAACAUUAAUGAAGAAUUAUUAUUCGCAUAGGAGAAAUGCUUUAAGCUUAGGAAUAAUUUUUUUCGUUCCGAUAUUCCAAACAGUCUUAUUUUUCUUAUGUAUUGGAGUUCCAGCUAAAAAUUUAAAUCUAGCAGUUGUUAAUGAUGAAGUUCCUGAAUUAUAUUCAAAUAAUACUUGUCCAAUUUACAAAGGGUGUCUAUUUAAGUCGUUAAGUUGUCGACUUUUAGAUAAUCUUGAUCCAAUAAAAUUUAGGCAGAUACCAUAUGCAGAUUUAGAUGCAGGGAAAAAUGCUGUAAAAGCGGGUAAAGCAUGGAGUGUAAUAUAUUUUCGAAGUAAUUUUUCGUCUGCAUUAUUCAAACGAUUAUUUGCACCAGAAAUGUCAAGUAAUGACGUUUUUGAAUUAUCAGAGAUUAGUAUUUGGGGCGAUAAUUCAGUUUCAGAAAACGCUAUCGAAAUUGAAUUAAAAUUACGAUCGGGCACAAAACAAUUUUUAAAUAAUUUAAUGAUAGCUUGUAAACAAAAUCCCAAAAUUGCCGAUUCACCAAUGCAAUUAGAAGGCAUGUGGACUGACAUUGAUUCGUCAACUCGACAACUUUUUAUGAUGCCAGCACUUACAAUGAGUAUUGUAUUCUUGUUAUCAAUUAUGCCCACAUCAGGGAAUAUAAUUUGCGAAAGAAAUGAGGGACUUAUGCAAAGAUCUGUAAUUGCAGGUGUUUCAAAACUUACAAUAUGUUUAUCCCAUUUUAUUACCGAAGGAAUUGUAAUUUUAAUCCAAAGUACGAUUAUUUUAUUCAUAAUGAUCGUCGUCUUUGAAAUGGAAAAUCAUGGAAACAUUUUUCUAAUAUAUUUAUUACAAUUCUUACAAGGUAUAUGUGGUGUAGCCUUUGGAGUAUUCUUGUCACAAUUAUGUGACAAAGAAUUCACAACAACAUUUGUGGGUAUGGGAAUUGGAUAUCCAGUGUUAUGCGUUAGUGGUAUUAUAUGGCCACUGGAAGGUAUACCAAUUCCAUUUCGACAAGUCUGUGAAUUGUUACCAUUAACAUAUGGUAUACUGGCUCAACGAGGUAUAUUUGUAAAAGGCUGGGGCAUUACACAACCUGAAGUUCUGGUGGGGUUAAAAUCUUUGGGAAGUUGGAUUGCAUUCUUUUUAAUAACAGCCUGGUUAUACUCUUAUUUUAAACGCCGGUAG